UUUUUUUUUGUUUUUUUUUCCGUGCUAUCUUUUGUUUUUGCGGGGGGAAUCAGUGAUCUCAUCAUUCCUCGACCCUGCUAGGCCUAGCCAGGGGAUGUCUCUACGCUAUGGGAACGCAGCCCGCACCCUGGGGCCCCGGAUGUUUGGAAGAUGUUUACACAGCCCACUCAGAACAUUAACUUCCUUGUCAGAUAAAAAAAAAGAAUUUUUACAGAAUGGGCCAGACUUUCAAGAUUUUGUAUCAGGUGAUCUUGCAGACAAGAGCAACUGGGAUGAAUAUAAAGGCAACUUAAAACGCCAGAAAGGAGAAAGGUUAAGGCUACCUCCAUGGCUAAAGACCGAGAUUCCAGUGGGGAAAAAUUACAAUAAACUGAAAAAUACAUUGCGGAGUUUAAAUCUCCAUACGGUGUGUGAAGAAGCUCGAUGUCCCAAUAUUGGAGAGUGUUGGGGAGGUGGCGAAUAUGCCACUGCCACAGCCACGAUCAUGUUGAUGGGUGACACCUGCACAAGAGGUUGCCGAUUUUGUUCUGUGAAAACUGCAAGAAACCCACCCCCCCUGGACACCAGUGAGCCCUACAACACUGCAAAGGCCAUUGCGGAGUGGGGCCUGGACUACGUUGUCUUGACAUCUGUAGAUCGAGAUGAUGUACCUGAUGGGGGAGCCGAGCACAUUGCAAAGACUGUGGCACACUUGAAAGAAAGGAAUCCAAAAAUCCUUGUGGAGUGCCUCACCCCUGAUUUCCGAGGAGAUCUUAAAGCAGUAGAGAAGGUCGCCCUGUCAGGAUUAGAUGUUUAUGCGCACAAUGUAGAAACAGUUCCAGAAUUACAGAGGAAAGUUCGAGAUCCUCGGGCCAACUUUGACCAGUCUCUGCGUGUGCUCAGGCACGCCAAGGAGGUCCAGCCGGCUGUUAUUUCAAAAACAUCAAUAAUGUUGGGUUUGGGCGAGAAUGAUGAGCAAGUAUAUGCGACGUUGAAAGCACUUCGUGAAGCAGAUGUGGAUUGUUUAACUUUAGGGCAAUAUAUGCAGCCCACAAAACGCCACCUUAAGGUUGAAGAAUACGUUACACCCGAAAAGUUUAAAUACUGGGAAAAAGUAGGAAAUGAACUUGGAUUUCAUUACACCGCCAGUGGCCCCCUGGUGCGUUCUUCAUAUAAAGCAGGUGAAUUUUUCCUGAAAAAUCUAGUGGCUAAAAGAAAAACAAAAUUUCCCUAAAACAGACCAGAUCUUCAGGAGCACAGGAGGUUGGACACUGCUAUCAGCUGGUUUGGCGAUUCCAGGAUGGCGGGAAAGGGGUGCUCCUGUUUGUUUGUGCUAAGAGAAAUGUCAGUACACUCUAUGUAUUUAAUUAGUCAUUCAUAUGACAUUCUUUAUCUAAUAAAUAAUCGCCUAUUAUGUAAACAUGCA